AUGGAAAUAAAUAUUAAGGUAUUAUUUGCAUUUAUAUUAAUGUUAUUUUUAGCACGACUUGGAGACGCUCAAUCACCAGCAGUGUUUGAUGUUACCAAAUUUGGUGCAACACCUAAUGGAGAUAUCAGUAAGGCAAUAUUGGAUGCAUUUAAAGAGGCAUGUGCAUCAACAAGUCCAAGUAAAAUAGUGAUACCAAAAGGGACAUUUCCAAUGAAGCAAGUAAAAUUAGAAGGUCCAUGCAAGGCACCUCUUGAGUUUCAAGUCCAAGGCACUUUACAAGCUUCUCCAGAUCCUAAACUACUCCCUCAAGGUGAAUGGUUUACUGUUAAUUACCUCGAUCAUUUCACACUAUCUGGCACUGGUAUUUUUGAUGGACAAGGUAAAGCUGCUUGGGCUCAAAAUGAUUGUGCCAAAACCAAGUGCGCCCAUCUUCCCUAUAAUUUGAGCUUCAACUUCCUUAAAAGUUCGACAAUCCAAGACAUAACUUCAAAAGAUAGCAAAAAUUUUCAUAUGAACGUUAACGGUUGCAACAACUUGACAUUCAUCCGAGUUAAAAUCACAGCUCCGCCAGAAAGCAUCAACACCGAUGGUAUCCACGUUGCUCGAUCGAACAACGUGAACAUCAUGGAUACUGUAAUUGGAACAGGAGAUGAUUGUAUCUCUAUUGGUGAUGAAUUGCAACAACUUCAUAUUACUAGAGUUACUUGUGGACCUGGACAUGGUAUUAGUGUUGGAAGUCUUGGAAGGACUCCUGGUGAAAAGCCUGUGGUGGGAGUUUAUGUGAAAAAUUGUACAUUUAUUAAUACUGAUAAUGGUGUUAGGAUCAAGACAUGGCCAGCUUCACAUCAAGGUGUUGUCACUGAGUUGCAUUAUGAAGAUAUUAUUGUGCAAAAUGUUAGCAACCCUAUUGUUAUUGAUCAAGUCUAUUGCCCAUACAAUCAAUGCAAUAAAGCUUUGCCAUCACAAGUGAAGAUAAGCAAAGUGAGCAUAAAAAAUGUAAGGGGUACAUCAAGAACACAAGAUGCAGUGCUACUAAUAUGCAGUAAAGGAGUACCAUGUGAAGGAGUUGAAGUUGGAGACAUAGACAUUUCCUAUAAUGGAAAAGAAGGACCAGCCAAGUCUAUAUGUGAGAAUGUCAAGCCUACUUUUGUAGGGAAGCAGAAUCCACCUGUCUGUGCUGGAGCUCAGACUUCUUGAGCUUUAUUAAUUUAU